UAAAUUUCUCAAAAACUAUCGUCUUGACCGAUUGUUAUAAAAACCACCCCUGCAUUCCAUUAGCUACAACUUCUUUGAGCUCAAGAAAAGGUAGGAGUUCGCGAAAUCGAGAUCGUCCUGUAUUGUGUAAAAAUGAGCUUUUCGAAUGGAAAUGAGAAGAGCCCCAUAUUGGUGGGACCAUGGGGAGGGGAAGGAGGAAGCCCAUGGGAUGAUGGGGUGUACACGACGAUAAGGCAGGUGGUGGUCGUUCAUGGAGCUGCAAUUGAUUCCAUACGAAUUGAGUAUGACAAAAAAGGGAGCUCAGUUUGGUCAGAGAAGCAUGGUGGCAAUGGUGGUACCAAAACAGACAAGGUAAAGCUUGACCAUCCACAUGAAAUCCUCACUUCAGUAAGCGGUUACUUUGGAUCACUCUCAAGUGGGAGCCCCCUUAUAAGAUCACUGACAUUCGAGAGCAAUCAAGCGAAGUAUGGACCUUUUGGCUUUGAACAGGGAAUGCGCUUCUCAUUCCCAAUGAGUGGUGGCAAGAUUGUUGGUUUUCAUGGACGUUCAGGCUGGUAUCUUGACUCCAUUGGAUUUUAUUUGAAACAACUGCGAAGUUCAAAUCCGUCAAAAGCUUUGGUUCCAUCACAAAGUCUAACUCCAAACUGGAAUGGAAGAUAUGGUUAUAAUGCUGUGGACGGAACCAUUAGUAAAGGAUAUGACAUAGUACUAGCAGUCAGAGAAAGGGGGGACGACUACAUGAUUCUAUCCAACAAUUAUACGAGGGAAGGGUCACUCACUCAGGGAUUCAGAGAUGUCGAGCUGAAAAAUAGGGCCGUAUCCUUUCCUAGCUAUACUGCAGAGAGAGGAUCCUCAUUCCCAGGAGGUCCUAUAUCAUAUGGUCCCUGGGGUGGAAGUGGUGGAACCAUAUUUGAUGAUGGUAUACAUACAGGAGUUAGACAGAUCAAUAUAUCACGUAAUGCAGGAAUUACUUCAAUUAAGGUUCUUUAUGAUAAAAAUGGGCGGUCAGUAUGGGGAAACAAGCACGGGGGAAGUGGAGGCAUUAGAACUGACAAGAUAGUAUUUGAUUUUCCAUUUGAGAUUUUGACCUAUAUAACUGGUUACUUUGGAACUGCAAUGUUUAUGGGACCAACUGCGAUAAAAUCACUCACAUUUCACACGACGAAGAGGAAGUAUGGACCAUUUGGAGAUGAGCAAGGUAUGUUCUUCUCUUCUGGCUUGGCAGAUGCAAUGGUUGUAGGAUUUCAUGGUAGAAGUGGAUGGUACAUAGACAGCAUUGGAGUUCAUGUCCUUGAAGGAAAGGUGUCAUUACCCCAAAAUGCAGCUUCUGAUUCAAAAACUGGAAAUGAUAUGGAAAUCAGUGAGCUGAAUAAUCCUCGAUGGUCUAAUAAACUAGCCCCUGCAACAAGGGGAAUUGGAGAAGAGGUUACAUAUGGUGUUACAAAAGAGCCAGUUCCAAUUGGACCAGGACCCUGGGGUGGAGAUGGAGGUAAACCAUGGGAUGAUGGAGUUUACUCUGGAAUCAAACAGUUAUAUAUCACAUGGGGAGAAGUCAUAAACUCCAUACAGAUAGAGUAUGAUCGGAGCGGGCAGUCUGUUUGGUCUACAAGACAUGGUGGUAGUGGAGAGACCACUCACAGGAUCAAAUUUGACUACCCCCAUGAGGUUCUGAAUUGCGUGAGUGGAUACUACGCCACCAUUAACCGAGAUGAGAGGCCAACAGUCAUAAAAUCACUUACAUUCUGCACAACUAGGGGAAAGUAUGGACCGUUUGGGGAGGAGGUAGGAACCCAUUUCACGUCUGCUACUACAAAAGGGAAGGUGGUUGGAUUCCAUGGUAGGAGCGCGCUGUAUUUGGAUGCUAUUGGGGUCCAUAUGCAACAUUGGUUGGGUGAGAAGUCAUCUGCUACCAAGUCCUUGCUUUCUAAGUAUUUCUUUUAAAAUGAUGAUGCUUAGCCUUUGUAUAUCACCUAUAGUGUUGAACAUGUACUAAUCCUAUAAUCCCAAUUACCAGUACCUAAUGUAUGAGAUGAAGUUUUCGGUGCUAAGCUAUUGUAUCCAUAACUGGCAUGUCAAGGAGUUUCUGCAUUGAUGCUCAACAUGUUGAGUUUUAUCCUAUGUGAAGUUGUUGGAUGCUACA